AGAGAGAGAAACAGAGGCACUUACAUCUCUCUAGUACGCUCUCAGCAAGUUAGGGGAAAAAAGAUGGCCGCCCUCGUAGGUCUUUCGGGUCGUUUCGGACAAAUCGCGCGGUGCCAGCUGAAGGCUCCAGUGAUCACAUCAUGUCGACCAGCAAGCCACUGGAACAAGGACUGGCGCCCGGGUCCGGCGCCGCAGACGGAGGAGGAGAUGAGAGCGGCCGCUAAGAAGUACAAGAUGCUGUACGAGGACUACAAGGUGCGGGCCGAAAGCGAGGGUCUGACGUGGGGCGACUACCCAAAGCUCCCAACGGUGACGGCGGGAACCAGGGAUCCCGAAGAGGACUACGACUUUCCCACCCUGAAACGAAACUAUGGCGAGCCGGUUAACAUCUAUGUCGAUGCGUACACCCCCGAAAGAUUUGACUUGAAGAGGCACCGUGUUCCAGUGAGGAGGCAGAUUUUCACGUUCCUCGGUGUCGUCAUUGGCAUUUGGUACCUGAUCGACUUCUUCGACCGGCCCGAGUUCCAGUUCAAGUACAGUCCUGAUCUGAUUCCUCAAGAGAUGCCAAAUGAUGGAGUUGUCCACUACACUUUCGAGCCGGCAGAUUAAGGUUACUGAUGUGUAAACACGGUGGCCAUUUAAAUAUUAAAAAUAUAGAUUAUACAAACGCC